UUCACUCUACAAAGGAGAGCAGCCAUCUCCAUCAUGUCCUACUAUGAGCACAUCGUCGUGGAAUAUGACUACAAUGACACAGGCUCUGGAUCUGGGUCUGGGUCUGGGGACUUUGGGGAGGAUCUGGAGGAGCCCUGUGGUGUGGAGCAUGUGAUGACUGCUGAGUUUCAGCAAGUGUUCUUGCCUGUUGUUUAUGCCCUUAUCUUCAUUCUGGGCAUCACUGGAAACGGCUUGGUUGUCCUAGUACUGGGCUGCCAACGCAGGUCGAAAUGCAGCCUCACAGACUGGUACCGCCUGCAUCUCUCUGCUGCUGAUCUCCUCUUUGUUCUGGCUCUGCCAUUCUGGGCGGUGGAUGCAGCUUUGGCUGACUGGCGUUUCGGAGCAGCCACCUGCAUUGGAGUGCAUGUGAUCUACACGGUCAACCUGUAUGGCAGCGUGCUCAUCCUGGCAUUCAUCAGCUUGGACCGGUACCUCGCAGUGGUCCGAGCCACAGACACCAACACCAGUGGGCUGAGGCAGCUGCUGGCUCACAAGCUGGUGUAUGUAGGUGCCUGGUUGCCUGCUGGCCUGCUGGCAGUGCCAGACUUUAUAUUUGCCCGCACUCAGGAAGGAGGAGAGGGGUCCACUCUGUGCCAGAGAUUCUACCCAGAAGACAAUGCUCCUCUCUGGGUUGCAGUCUUCCACCUCCAGCUCGUACUGGUGGGUCUGGUGAUCCCCGGACUGGUGCUCCUGGUGUGUUACUGUGUCAUUGUCACCAGGCUGACCCGAGGCCCACUAGGGGGCCAAAGGCAGAAGCGACGGGCGGUCAGGACUACCAUCGCACUGGUGCUCUGCUUCUUUGUGUGCUGGCUCCCUUAUGGAGCGGGCAUUUCUGUGGACGCUCUGCUGCGCUUGGAUGUCCUGCCACGCAGCUGCAGGCUGGAAGCUGCUUUAGGCGUGUGGCUGGCAGUGGCUGAGCCUAUGGCAUUCGCUCACUGCUGCCUGAACCCACUGCUGUAUGCCUUCCUGGGGGCCGGGUUCAAGAAUUCAGCCCGCAGAGCCCUCACUCUGAGCCGGGCCUCAAGUUUGAAGGUUUUACCACGAAGACGCCCUGGGACCUCAACAACCACAGAGUCCGAGUCUUCCAGUUUACAUUCCAGCUAGUAUUUGCAUCUGUUGUUGAUGUGAAUGUAUUGUGUGUAUAUGUAUAUAUGAGAGAGUAAGGAGCAGUCUGCUGGUUCAUGACUUGUCUUCUCCCUCAUUUUUGGGGUAUCUUUUGUAAAUAGUGUUAUGUGUGUGUG